AUGCAUCAAAAGAGUUUGGCAACUGAGCGCACGCCCUGGAAGGUUCGUCGUAAGCAGAGAUUAUUGCAGAAAGGAAUUGAGGCAAUUUACCGUGAGGCAAUGACUUGUGGUGCUAACCUGCUUCCUUCUGCUUGCUCUGAGUGUGCUAAAUUACAGCGUAUCAAGAAUGAAACGGAAUCUGCUGCUUCUGACCUAAGCAAGGGCAAGACGGAGUCUUUGGCAGCUAUCAGAAGGCUUCUGUAUCUCUUGGAAGAAGAGGAGGACAAGCGUAUAUUGGAAGAAGAGGAGGACAAGUGGAAAUUGGAAGAAAAGGAGAUGGAGAAGAAGCGGAAAUUGGAAGAAAAGGAGAUAGACAAGAAGCGUCCAUCGGAAGAAAAUGAGAUGGACAAGAAGCGGAAAGUGAGGGAGGACGUGAUCAACUCUGUAAUCAAUGACUAUCAGGUCUUUUACAUCCCAACUGAAGGUUAA